AUGAACAAAAACAAAGACGCUGAGGUGGAGUGGUUAAUUGAACACCUCCUUCAUUUGAUGAAAGAGAAAAAGAUCGGGAAGACAUUUAUCGAGAAUUUUUCGAUGCCAACAAUCUAUUCCAAAAAACGACUUUUACUCCGACGCAUCACAGACACCAUGAAGCCUUACAAAUACAGUCCACAGUUCAUUGACCGUCUCAACAAUUUGCUUCAGACGGAACGCGAAGACCCCAUUCUCCUUACCCAAAUUCCACCCACACAGCUCCACACCAUGUUUUCCAAAAAUAUUCAUUUGUUUCAAGGCGAUAUCACAACACUCAAAGUCGACGCAAUUGUAAACGCGGCAAAUUCUACCCUUUUAGGGUGUUUCAUACCAAAUCACAGUUGUAUAGACAGUAUCAUUCAUGCAAAAGCGGGCGUACAAAUGAGGUACGAAUGUAGUACACUUCCAACAGCAGGAAAGGCCAAAGUCGGUUCUGCAGUCUCGACAAAAGGGUAUAAUCUCCCCGCCAAGUAUGUCAUCCACACAGUUGGUCCAGCCGUUGGGGUUCUACACCCACACCACUUUUACGAGUUGCAACAAUGUUACUUGAACUCUUUACAUCUUGCAUUUUCGCUUGGCUGUGAGUCGAUCGCGUUCUGUUGCAUCUCAACAGGUUUUUUUGGGUUUCCCAAUGAAGAGGCUGCAAUGGUUGCAAUUCAGUCGAUUAACUCAUUUUUUAAAAUCCAUAAAAAUAUAACUCUUUCCGUCGUCUUUGUUACAUUCUCAAAGCUCGAUCACUCACUCUAUCAAACUGAUCUUGAAAUGGGCUUUGACGAAUUGAAAAUUCCAACAAAAAGUGAAUAUGAUGCUGAAAUGAAAGAAAUUGCAAAAAUCAAGAGCACGGCAAAAAAAAGUGAUGACGAGGUUGAAGAGAGCGGAACGAAUACACACUUAAGUGAUGAUGGCGCAGAGAAAAAACAGAACGAACACAAAGAAGUCAAGUUGAAAACGCCAAAAGUGAGGAGUCAGAGCCUCGAUAAGUGGUUUGUGAAGAAAUCAUGA